AUGAGUUCGGCUACCCUUCAAGUUCUUUACGACCAGCUCAUAUCUGGGCUCAAUGCCGCCAAUGUCACGCGUUACCUUAGCGCAGCCGGAUUGGUAGUUCUUUUGUACGACCACCUCCUCACAGUAUCGGAUGAGGUCAACCUAGUCUGGCGCGCUCCCCGCUCUUUUGCCAAGUUCGCAUACUUGGGCAACCGGUACCUCGUACUCGCGGCCCUUAUAGACGUCAACGUCGGAUUCUCCGGAUUGUCGGGCUUGACCUUUACGAAUCAAGGGUAUAUUACUGCUACCUUCGAGCCAUACCUCUCGCUGAGAGAUGAACCCAUAGCUGUCGUGGAGCGGGUCGUCCUAAUCACACUCACGCUGGCAUGGUUUCUGAGCUACUGCGCCACUAUCGGGUUGAUGACCGCCACUGUUGUCAUUUUAGCCCCCGGCAUCGAGUACAAUCCUCUUGCCAGAAUCUGCGCAAUCACCACGACCUCACCGACAUUGAUCGCAGUCUGGGCGUGCCCAAUGUUAUUCGAGAUCACAGUAUUCUUGGCUACUUUAUACAACGGCUUCGCCAGACCGCGAGCUUCAGGUAUCCCAUUGGCCGGCGUCCUUCAUCGUGACGGCGCCCUGUUCUUUUUCUGCGUAACAUGCCUCCGAGUUGUGAACCUGGCUUUCGCCGCCACACUGAACCCUCGACUUGUUGCACUCCCUGUGUUCCUAACUUGGGCUCUCAUCACUGUAUGUGUCAACCGUCUGCUAUUGCAUAUACGCGCCGCGGAAGUACGCCUCGCGCUCGACGAGAAGCGGGCUCACGCCGCGGCUGAGGCGCCUGAGGAUGAAGAGGAUCUGCCAUCGCCGGCGACACCUGUUACGCCGGCAGAAGGCGUGUUUGUAUUGAACGGCCGGGCCUCGCCGUUCAAUUUCGCGCUUGCUCUCAACCUACACCCGGGCCACCACCACGAAGACGAGGAUGGAAUGCGAGACCAGGCUGCUGUGCUUCCCAUCACGAUGAUAGACAUGCAGAGUUUCUAUAGGUAG